AUGCACCGCAGCCGCCAGGUGACGUGCGUGGCCUGGGUCCGCUGCGGCGUGGCCAAGGAGCGGCCGGACAAGGUAGAGCUGAGUAAAGAAGAAGUAAAACGUCUUAUUGCUGAAGCCAAGGAAAAAUUACAAGAAGAAGGUGGCAGCGAGGAAGAGGAGACGGGGGAGCCCUCAGAAGAUGGCAUGCAGAGUGCGCGUACCCAGGCACGGCCACGGGAGCCCUUGGAGGAUGGCAACCCAGAGGAUGAUAGGGCCGUGGAGGAUGAUGAGCUGGCCGAGUACGAGCUAGAUCGAUAUGACGAGGAAGGCAAUCCAGAUACUGAAACUCUCGGUGAAUCUCUCUUGGGUCUUACAGUCUAUGGGAGUAAUGAUCAAGAUCCUUAUGUUACUCUGAAAGAUACGGAGCAAUAUGAACGUGACGAUUUCUUGAUUAAGCCCAGUGACAAUCUCAUAAUUUGUGGCAGAGCUGAACAGGACCAGUGCAAUUUAGAGAUACACGUUUACAAUCGAGAAGAAGAUUCUUUUUAUGUACACCAUGAUAUACUGCUGUCUGCAUACCCUCUGAGUGUGGAAUGGCUGAAUUUUGAUCCUAGCCCAGACAAUUCUACCGGAAAUUAUAUUGCUGUGGGAAACAUGACCCCCGUUAUUGAAGUGUGGGACCUGGAUAUAGUGGACUCUUUAGAGCCAGUCUUCACACUUGGAAGUAAGCUGUCAAAAAAGAAGAAAAAAAAAGGAAAGAAGAGUUCCUCCGCAGAGGGGCAUACUGAUGCUGUCCUGGACCUUUCUUGGAAUAAGCUGAUCAGAAAUGUGCUAGCAAGUGGGUCAGCUGACAACACUGUGAUUCUAUGGGAUAUGUCCUUGGGGAAACCAGCAGCUAGCCUUGCUGUGCACACAGACAAGGUCCAAACACUACAGUUUCAUCCAUUUGAAGCACAGACUCUGAUUUCUGGAUCAUAUGAUAAGUCAGUGGCUUUGUAUGACUGCCGAAGUCCAGAUGACAGCCAUCGAAUGUGGCGAUUCAGCGGGCAGAUUGAGAGAGUGACUUGGAAUCAUUUUUCACCUUGUCACUUCUUGGCCAGUACAGAUGACGGCUUUGUAUAUAAUUUGGAUGCACGUUCAGAUAAGCCAAUUUUUACACUAAAUGCACACAAUGAUGAAAUCUCUGGUCUUGAUCUCAGCAGUCAAAUCAAGGGUUGUCUUGUGACUGCAUCAGCAGACAGAUAUGUGAAGAUCUGGGACGUGUUAGGAGACAGGCCCAGUCUGGUUCACUCCAGGGACAUGAAGAUGGGAGUUCUCUUCUGUUCUGCCUGUUGCCCCGAUUUGCCAUUUAUGUAUGCCUUUGGAGGUCAGAAAGAAGGGCUCCGGAUCUGGGAUAUAAGCACAGUGUCUUCAGUCAAUGAAGCAUUUGGAAGACGAGAGAGGCUUGCUCUUGGUAACACAAGGAGUUCGUCAAUUAACGGUCCUUUUGGAACCAGGAGCUCAGACACACCCAUGGAGACUUAA